UUCUUGAUGAUUGAAGCUCAUCUUUUCAUCCCUUGAAGUUUAGCUGCAGAAACAGAAAAGUGUUAUUGUCCUAAAUGGACCCUAAUUAAGAAUACAAUUUGCUCCACUCCAUACAGUGAAUUUAAUAACUCUGAUCUGAAUUGACAGUAUCAAUAGCAGAACAGGGAGUGUGGUUCUGGGAAACCAAUUUCAGCAAAUUUGAGAAGACAAAGAAACUGGUAGGAAAAAUAGUACUACUAUACUAUGUGAGAAGAAUUUGGGGCUAUAUUUGAAAAUAAUUGGAUACUAUAUUACAAAGACACCUUCAGGCCAGGUACCAUGAGUGCUGGCAGGGUCAGGGCCUUUAUUUGAGAGAGAUCUAAUUGCCUGUAUGAACUGAACUGAAACGCGGUCAUAGAGAUGAUGAAAUGACAGAUUGGUUUAUCUGGGUCUGGAAAUAAUUUGUGUUUGUAAGUACCUAUUCACAGAUUUAAGACACUGUCUUGUGAAAUGUGCAGUGUGAAAAACAAAGAAAUGAGACAUUUGCAUUUUUUGUGAUGAGAGCUGGAGUUGCCUCCUUCUCCACAGUUUGUUCUGCUGUGAAGUGUAAGAUAGUAGUUGUUUGCACUGUUCUCAGAAAUUAGCAACUUGCAGUUUGUGUUUUGUUUGCUUCAGAAUUGCUAUCUGGAAUGAUACAUUGUUGCAGUAUUGAUACUGUCACUGUUUUGUGUGUCUCCUUAAAAAGGAACUGUAAUUUUAAUAUUUGGAUUUUCCCUGACUGCUUCCAUGUGGGGAGAGUCUGAUUAACUGAAGCAGCUGCCCUAGCUCAAUCUUUCUCCUCCCCCUAAUAUGAGAAUCCCUUUCUAAAUUUACUUUUUUUUUAAAAAAAAUCAAGUAGCUGAUGGAUGUUUUAUGAAUGAGUGAUAUUUAAGUUUUUUUCUUUUUGGGAUAAAUGGAACUUCAAAUGUGCACAAAACCUAACUAAAGGAGAAUCUAACUUUUGGAAAACUUAUUAAAAAAACUGUCUAUCCAACUAAAAGAAAAUGUAGAAAUGUCUUUUUUAGCUAUCAGAAAAUUCGACAGCAGAUACUGCAACUUCACUAAGAGCCUUGAGUUUCUUGUCUGUGAGCAAUGAAAUCACAGUUUUUAUUUCGAGGUUAAUGUAAUUGUGUUUGAGCAGCUAAACUUCAAAUCUUAGUGAGAAUUAUGCUUACCUCUGUAGAUCUGUUUACUAGUUCUUUGUGCUUCAUCAAGUUGAACUGUACAAUUCCAAGGAGAGCUACUGGAGAACUUUUUUGUCCUUUUGGGCUCAUGAGUAGAUAACUAUGGGCAGGUACGGGUGAAGUGCCAGCCACUGAGUCCAGUGUCUUGUGUUGUACUGAGCAGUCUUAAAUGAGAACCCCUCUCAUAGACUAUCUAAGCUAAACUAUUUAAGCACUCCCAAGCCUAUGUGAGGUGGCUUUACCUGAGGAAGGAGAAUAGAAGAAAGAGCCAAACUGGAGUCUGAACUGUCUCUAUGGAGAAGAUUGUUUCCCUGUGGAAGACUUGCCUGUGAAGAGGCAGUACCUAUAUGAAACCAUUCUUUUCUCUGAAGAAGGUCCUGCAGUCCACUUACUCAGGAGCUUCAGCUCAUGAGGAAGAUGAAAGAUAGUGUCGCCGAAGAACAUUUAUAUUUGGGUUUUUCUCAUCAGUACAGAGAUAGUAUCUUACCUCUUCAUACAUCCAUUUCACUGUUUUUGCUAUCCUACUGUGACUGCAAAUUAUUCAAAGUUUUCUUAGUGCCAACUGGUGAAAAUGCGGAUGAUCGUUUUGUGACAAAUAACCUCCUUGGAAAUCUUGAGGUCCAUUUAAUCUCCAGAUGUCAGCUCCCAGUGAUUGUGCAGAGCUGCUGUUUGCCUGCUGUUGUAGUGAAAGAUGGCAAGUUCUGCCGAGCUGGGCUUUCUGUUGUCUUAAGGCAUAUCAUACAGAAAACAUACGAGACAGAUCCAUCUAAAAAGGAUGUUUUGGAACUCUUAGGCUUUAAGAAGACCUGCUUAAAAGCCUGUGCUGAAGUUAGCCAGUGGACCAGACUCUGUGAGAUCAGCAUACCACUGGCUGUUGAAGGAUUUUUGACAGCGUCACCUGAGCACUGUCAGACUAUUCCUCCUGACAUUUUACAGCUUGAAAGGAAGCUUGGAGAACCUGUCCGAGUACAUAAUGAUGACAAAAUUCGAAGGCAAAAACUUCAACAACAGAAGGCAGGUGCCAAGGCUGCAGUGCCUGUACUUGGUAAAGAAGCAACAGAGGAAGGAAAAGCAGUGGAAACGGACGAACACCCACUCCCAAGUUUGGAACUGAGCGUAGCUUUAUCCAAGCUACUUGUCCAGGAACUACCAGAUGUGGUCAACAGGGAGGCCCCUCACAUCAGGAGAACAAAAACCACUGACCUUCCCCUUUUAGAUCACGUUUUUGCAGAAGGGCUUUAUUUUACGUUGGCAGAUAUAGUGCUUUUGCCGUGCAUCCAUCAGUUCUUGAUUUCCACCAAAGAACAAGGCAAAAAUCUUGUAAAUUUGCCUCUGAUAUCCAGUUGGUAUCAAAGAGUUCAAGAAGUACCUGGAGUUAAGAAAGCUGCUGGCAAAUGCAAUAUGGAGCUUCUUCAUCUUCCAGAGUUGAUGUCUUCUCCAGAGGAAGAACUGCAAGACUUCUCUUCAGUUCCUGAUGAAUUAGAAGAGGAGAAUGAAGACAAUAAUUUUAUAGGUGGUCCAAGGCCAACUAUGACUAAGUUAAUGGAAAAUGGUAUUGAAGCAAAGUUUUCUCCUCAUCCAUGUCCCAGCUGGACCCUAGACUGGACCAAUCUACCAUCUGCAGUCAGUCCUGGAGAAGGAAAGAUGUCUAGAGAUCGGGCUCUGAGGAAGCAGCAGCAAUUGAAUAAUUUGGUAGCAGCGGUGACGAAGCUUGCUAAGCCUGGAGAUGUGAUUGUAGAUUUUUGCAGCGGAGGGGGCCAUGUUGGAAUUGUUCUUGCUCACAUGAUGCCAUCGUGUCAGGUGGUGCUUGUAGAAAAUAAGGAGUUGUCUCUGACCCGUGCUAAAGACAGAAGUGAUGAACUUGGUUUAAACAACAUUUGGUUCAUUCAAGCAAAUUUGGACUAUUUUAAGGGGAAUUUUAACAUUGGGGUGGCUCUGCAUGCGUGUGGAGUGGCAACAGACAUGGUGAUAGAACACUGCAUCAAGGCACGGGCAGCCUUUGUCAUCUCCCCUUGUUGUUACGGCUUCAUUCAAAACACAGUGAAGUUUAAAUAUCCACAAAGUCACCAGUUCAAAGAAAUUUUGUCCUACAAGGAGCACAUGAUCCUUUGCAGAUUUGCAGAUCAGACAGCUGUUCAGCUGCCACCUGAACGCAGGCUAAUAGGGAAGCAGUGCAUGGGGCUUGUGGAUCUGGAUCGGGCAUGGGCUGCAGAAGAACACAACUACUCUGUCCAAGUUAUAUCUAUGGAGCCAGAGAGUUGUUCUCCAAAGAACAAUAUGUUUGUGGGCAUUCCUACUUAGAGAGUGAAACUCGCAUUCGAUUUGAAAUUGAACAUAGAUCUUCAAAACAUAAUGACAUCCAGCAAGUACAAACAUAGCUGGGAACCAGAUAUCAUGCAUCUUGAACCCAUUCUAUUGGGAAAAGGAAGCAGGACAAAAUUCUUCGAAAGCGAACUGCACGCAGAGCAUCACAAAUCAUACUUGUUAUGUGUCAUUAAGCAACUUUUGGUUCUCUUACUGAGAAGUUUCUGGAUCUAACAACUAAGCAUGGAUGAAAUCAUAUCCAUCUGCAAAGAUUUAGAAAAAAGUUGGUCUCACUAAAGGAAAGGAGGUUUCCUUUUUAGUAGAGCAGUCUUGGCUGCUUCAAAAUUGCAUUCAUCUUCAAAACUGUGUUUGUGCUCAUAAGUGGAGCAGUUAUGAGCCGAUAAUACAGAUCACUAGGGGACCAGAAAAGAUCAUAUUUAUGGUGUUAGUGAUAAAGUCUGUGCAAAAGGUGGCUUGAUUUGGCUAAAGAAUUCUGUACUACUGUAGAUAGAUCAUUUUUCACAGAAGUUCAUGAGAAUACUUUGGGCAUUGUUCUGCUUAUAGAAAAAGGUAUUCUAACUUGCCAAUCUUUUUAAAAAAGACUUAAAAAUUAUAAAUAUUACACAAGAAUUCUGUAACCAAGCUUUUGAAAGUGUGUUUAGUUAGAGAAAGCAAACCCUUAUUUAUCCAUUGAAUAGAUAACAGGAGCUAGUGGUGAUAUCAGCAAACGGGUGCUUCACUGCUAAUUGAAGUGUAUUACUUCCCAUUCUUAAUAAACUUGCUGUCAGAAGAAAUUUUUAAGGACAGUUCAUGGGUCUAUACACAUGAUCUUCAUUGAUUUUAUAUUCAGUUUAAAAUUUGAACAAAGUUGCAAUUGGGAACUAUUUGAAAAGAUCAACCGCAGACCUGUUAACUAUAAAAUGAAUAUAAAUGUUCUUCUAUGCUCUGAUUAGUAGGCACUUUUCUACCCUAAUUUAAAAUCCUCUGUUGACAAUAACACAAUGGAUUAUAGCUUCUAGUGACAUUUUUUUCCUUCAUGCUUAUGGCUUUCGUAUGUGUAUGGUUUUGGUAUGUUUAUGAUUUCUGCCAUGGAUUAAAUUAAAUAUACCUGAAGUUUGGUCAGUGUGAACAUACCUUCAGUGCAUGUGGCAAACAGAAUUACAAACGACAAUAGGUGUUGCAGGAAAUAUUUUAUUCUUCAUGAAACUUGUAUCUCUAGAAGAUCUAAAUAGUUGGGUUUUUUUAAUAUGAAGACCGAAGGAAACUGCACGCUUAUUUGGAAGCACAAAGGUAAGCAAGUAGGUAUGAUUUCAUAACUUUAGCCUCAGUUCUUCAGUAAGUAAUGAUAUAGUAAUUUUUCUGCAACUUUUUAUAGUUACAGGAGUAGCUAGAGGUUGGCAGAAUACAGAGCAAAUAUAAACUAAAUGGCAAUACCAAUUGCUUCCAGGGUUUUCUCUUGUACUUGCCCAAAGAGAACUCAGUUGCAGUGCUAAGUGUGAAUAUUAUCAGUGUUGAAUUACUUUAUUUAGAACUCCAGAUACUAUGCCUGGAGUGAGUAAAUGUCACUUCGCUAUCUUUUUGUGCUGAAGGAAGUAUUCAUUGUUCUGGUUUGGGCUAAAGCAGAUCGUAUUCUCUGAGUUUUCAGCUAAAUCUCUUUCAAAACUUCAGCUCCUGAAGCUACAAUUUUUCAGACAGUCGCUGCCUCUAAAAGUGAUAAGCCUGAUAGUUUCACCAAGCUAACAGGCCACUGAUGUGCCGAGGCCACUGCUCACACCUAUUCCUAUGUAAAGUAAGGCCAUCCCAGAGUUGGUGUACAGGGGUUCACACCUGCUGGGAGGAGUGGACAGGAGAGGUGAUCCAAGCCUGACCAACAAGGUAUUCCAUGCUGACACAUCAUACUCACUAUAAAAGCUUAGGGAUCAUAAGGGUCAUCCCUCUUCUUCCAUGCCUGUUCAGGGAGGACUUUGUCUCUCUGCUUCUGAAUCCAUCCACAUGUUCAUGAAUCCAGUUCCCGAGUUCAGCUCCCACCUGCUGCUGAGUCCAACCUAGGCCUUUCCCUGUGCCUGCACUGCAGCGUUGAUGGUGAUGUAUUCUCAGUGUUGGUGGUGAUUCCAACUCUGGGGAGUUGGAAUUGGUUUUGUGUAUUUGUAUAUAUUCUACUAUUUUCUUACUAAUAUUACUGUUUUCUUUUUUUAUCGUUAUUGUUUCAUUGAAGCUGUUUUAGUUUUAGUUUCCAACACAUAAGUCUGUCUCAUUUCUUGAAAAUCUUUUGAUGCAGCCCGUGAUAUGGUUGGCAUUCUGGGCUGCAAAUGCACCUUGCCAUGUCUUGUUGAGUUUCCCAUCCACCAGCACCCCUAGGUCUUUCUCUUCAGGGCUACUCUCAAUCCAUUCUCUGCCCAGCCUAUAAUUUUGCUUGUAGUUGCCUCAACCCACAUGCAGGAUCUUGCACUUGGCCUUGUUGAACUUCAUGAGUUUUGCACAGGCCCACCUCUCAAGCCUGUGAAGAUCCCUGUGGAUGGCAUCCCUCCAGUGUGUUGACUGAACCACACAGCUUGGUGUCAUCAGUAGACUUGCUGAGGGUCAUUUGAAAAGGCAAUGAUAAUAAGCAGAAAUGUCUUUUAAAAUAGCUGUCUUCCUAGGUGAUGUGCUUUACCAGUAUUUCUCAUUGAAAAGAACAGUUAAAAAACUCUGUAUCGUCAAGUAUGUGCACAUACAACUUUAUGAGCUUUGAGUAAUCCAUAGUGAAAUAGUACACAGCUGAUUUUAUAAUGGGUUUAUAUGGAUAUUACUUUGGCUAGACACCAUCAGCUGCAGCUAUUUGCUGUCAAGAUUUUGGUUUAGGAUUAGUCUUUUACCCUUUUAUUGAAUAUAUAUGUAUUUUAAAGAGUAUUGAGCUAAAAAAGCAUUGCCUAACAAGAGGAAACUGAACAGCUGAAGUGUUGGUUUCAGUCUUGGUGCUUAGUUGUCAGCAGAAAGAAAACCACAAUUUUUUUCUUUUAAGGCUGUUCAAGUACUACUUUCAGUGUUUUUGCAUGGAAGCAUUGGUUUGUGUUAUCAAACUCCUGACGUACAAUCUCAGUCUAAAUCCCUGUAAUUUUAUUAUUAUUUUUUUUUAAAGCAAAGGGAAAUGCUAGGUAUCAUACAUGUACGUGUUUACAUGUCUCAUGUCAGAAACAUUCGUUACCUGCCUCUUUAAUAAAAUGAGGAAAGCCCCAGAACUUUCCAUGCUCAGACUUAUACUGAAACUACCAGGUUAUCGUGGUUUCAGUUCAGUAGCUUGUCCUUAGCAACUGAACUUAGCAGCUUAUUACAACUUUCAUUAAAAGAAAUUAAAUUUCCUAAGAGAAUAAUAUAUUAAGAUCAGAUGCAAACAUUAAAACUGAAACCAAAUUAAUUUUCCUUUUGCUUGUAGAUUUUGUUUACUUAGAAAUUAAAUGGGUAAUGAAGCUUCUCACUCUGUGCUUUUCUCCUCAGAAUGAGUUUAAGAAAAUACCAGUAUUUUCAAGAUUCCCGGAUAAGCUUUUAGGUAAAGAAGAGUGUUUAGGAUAGUUUUAUAAUAAAUCACUCCACUCAUUUCUAAGUGAAAACAUAACAGUCUUUAAACUUUGUGUGUGUCAAGUGGAAUAUUUCCCAACCUGUAACUCCAAAUCAUUUUACUUACAUGUUUGAAUUUUUCUCAUACCAUUUUAUUUUUAAAGAUGCAAGUGGAAAUGUUCAUUUUAUGAAAACUGAGUGAUAUUAUUUGAGUAUUCUUGUUAAUUAAAUAAUCACUGAAUCUAUAAAUUAAAUUAUUGACUAUUUCUAUGCUUUUUUCCCUUCAGAUUGUAUUUUAAGUGGUCCUUGACUGACCUUUCUUAAGUCUGCAUAGCAUCAGCUCUGAUUGAGCCCUUGAGAGAGGUUUGCAAAAUGAUAAUUCUAUUAAUAUUGAAUAUGAAUACUAAGUUUAGUGCUAGCCUGUUUUUUUUAAAAAAAAAAGGUGUCCAUUAUCAUUGAGAAAUACAAACCUGUUGUGUGAAUUGAAAUGUCCCUGUAUUGCUUUAGCAGUUUUACUGUCACAUUCCUUGUGAUAAAUUUGUCAUUCUUCCUUGAGUGAAAGAUUUCCCUUGUGCUUUAAGAAUUAGAAGAGCACUUACUCAGGAUACACAAGGUUGAAAUCACAGCUGCACUGAAAAUGGCAAGCUCUCCAUUGUACUGAGGACAAUAGGUUCUCAUCCACUGACUUUCAAAUCCAUGUAACACCACUUCAUUUUUGUGUAGUGAGCCACUUCUGUGUUUAGACACCAUUGUUGUGGGUGUUUGGAAAGUUUUAAGGGCUUCUAUUUUAAAAACAUCUGAGUUAUUUUCGAAUGUAAAUACUGAUCUUUUUGAGAGUGUUAAAUUGAUCUUUUCGGACACUGAGAGAGACUUGGCUAAUAGAAUCUGUAAUAUCAUAUUGGAGCAGUGACCUGAUGAAAAGCUCUCGAACUCUUUUAUCUGUAUAAGUCUUGAAUGAUGGCAGAAAUCUUCUACAGUUCUCUAGGUUGCUAGAGUAGACAUGCUUGUAGCAGAAUGGAAAAUGGGCGUGGAAUGUAGAGCUAGAAUGAAAAAUAUCUAGGGUGAGCUCUUCAUACUUUUCCAGAGAGAUGCAGCUGGUAGUUGCCGAGUUGAGCAGAUAUGCAAGUGAGACAGGUCAUGAUGUACGUAUCCAGGUGUAACAAUGCAGUAGUCGUCCAGAGGUGUACCCAUGUUUGCCCAAUCCAGCAGGAAACGUGUUCAUAAUGAAGACUUGAUUCUUUCAGCACUAGGGAAGCAUUUCAUCAGCAGAUUGUAAAAUUCUGGACCUGUAUAUGGGACAACCAUAUGUAAGGUGUAUUGCAACCCAAUUUUGUUGGAUUCACUAUGAAAAUCUGGUCAAACAUUUGUGCUACCCAGCAAUAAAAAUGCACAGAUGAACCAUCUGCAGAGAAGUACUGUUUCUCACUUAACAAAUCUGAAGGCUGACUGAUGCUGCUGAUGUGGUGACAUCAUGCUGAUGUAAUAUCAUUUGUUCUCCUUUUCAGACUUACUGUAUAUACACACUUUUUUGCCUCCUGUGGUUUGGUUAGUUCGCAGCAAGUACAUUGGAGCACAGAAAUAAUUAUUGCUGAUUGUAUUACUGCUAUUGCUGCUUUUUUUUUUUAAAUUAUCCUUUCUUUUCAAUGGAUGUCUUUUUGACUUUGGAAUCCAUUCAUCAACACUAGUGUCCAGUAUCCAACAUGGUAUUUGUAUAUUGGUGAGGAUUGAGUUGCAUUUCUUGAAGCCUAGGAGAAAUCUCUUCUGUCUGCCUUCAAAAUCAGAGUGGAGUUAAAUGAGUAGUGGAGUCAGGAGAAUCCUACGUAUGUGAGAACUAAAAUAAUGUCAAUAAUUAUGUUGUUAUAUGUGUGAUCAUUAAAUUUAGAUAAACUACCACUUAGUAUUUGCAAAAAAAAAAAAUAUAUAAAUACAGCAUACAGGAAAAAGGCAUUUACUUGCCUGUGUUUUCUUUGUAUGCUAAAGCCAAAGUAUAAUUUUAGAAACUGUUCUUAAUAUUUUUGUGCAUUUAAUCCAUCAAAACCAUUAGUUUGCAUAAAAAAAAUUGUCUACUUUUGUCAGUCAUAAUUAACUGUAAUUUUAUCUAUUAGUGUGCUUUUAUAGCUCCCAAUUUUCAUGCUUUUCCCUCUCCAAUGCUAGUUUUCCAGUGCAGAUUGUUACUUUGGUGUGUUUGAACAGCAUUCCAUGUAUAUUUUUAAUUGUUAAUAGCUUUUUCUGAGCAUUAAAGUGACAAUUUAAAGUCAUGCACCGGUGUACCUAAUGCUCCCUUUAUUCUAAUGUAUCACUGUUGUAAUUUUUAACAUUUUUAUUAGUAUUUGGUUGCUUUUGCUGCAUUUAGUUUCAUUUAAAAUUAGAACUAGAAUUUGGGAGUUUUUUAACAAAUGUAUUUCUGAAUAUAUGAAGAGUGAGUUACUGUACUUCGAACUGCUACCAGUACAGCUGCGUUGUAGCUUGUAGUUCAAACACCUUCAAUUAUAGCAAUGUAGUUCUUAUAUUCCAGAGAAAUGCAAGUGUUUGGUGAUGGGUGUAAGAGACAAAGGAAAAUCAUCUGCCAUACAUGAAAACAGUAAAGAGGGAAAGGCAUAUCUAAGGUAAAAGUGCGACAGUAAACUCAUCUGUGCCUUGGAAUGGAAAACUCAAAAGUUAGCUUUCCUUUAUCUCCAGCAUUGCGUGUUUUUCUCAGUUUUAGUGUUUUUAAUUUAUAUUUCUGUAAUUUUGUUCACUCCCAAAUAUGUCAAAGGCCUUGGUGUAACUCUUGUUACAGGAACAAUUAGGGACUGAUAUGCCAGAACAAAUGUUCCUAAAAAGAUGCAGUUAAGAAAAAGGAGAGAAAACUUUUGCAGUUUUAGAGCUUGCAUGGGGACUAGAUACCUGUUUCUUUAGCAGGCUACAAAGUUAGAUGGAAAUUAUAGACUUAUGAGUUUUGAGGGCUUCUGAGACAUCUUGCUCUGUGGAUUUUCCCAGGGAUGGAAGUGAGGGUGACCUGCAUAUAGUUCCCUGUGGUAUCCUUGCUGUAAGAUUUACCUUUCUGAAAUCAUUAGGCAACAUCCGCAGGCUUCACAACCCUUUAAAGACAACAGAGAGAAGCCUCAUGAUGAUGCCAGCCAGCUCUCCCAGUACUCCCCAGUGUGUCCUAUCUACUCCUAUGGACUUGUAUCAGUUAGAGAACAGCGACUAAGUC